AUGAAGCCGGAUGCCCAGCCAAAGUUCUGCAAGGCCCGCCCAGUGCCUUGCGCUCUCCAGGAAGCAGUAGAUGCAGAGUACCACCGACUCGAAUCCGUAGGUAUUGUGGAAAAGGUUGAAUUCAGUGAAUGGGCAACACCCAUGGUUCAUAUUCCCAAGGCGGAUGGCACCACACGGUCAUGUGGAGGCUAUGCUGUUAUGGUCAACCCCCAACUCAAUGUCCCUCAGUAUCCCAUUCUCCUGCCUGAGGAUGUAUUUGUCAAGUUUCGAGGCGGAAAGUUCACUAAGCUUGAUUUAAAGAAUGCUUAUCAACAACUCCCAUUGGAUCUUGACAGUCAGCAGUUCGUAACCAUCAACACACAUCGUGGCCUAUAUCGGUAUAAAAGGCUACCGUUUGGUAUUGCCUCAUCCCCAGCAAUUUUUCAGCGGACCAUGGACAUCAUUCUUCAAGGUCUUGAGCAUGUCGCAGCCAUUCAAGAUGACAUUCUGAUCACGGGCAAGGAUGAUGAACAGCAUAUCCAGAAUCUGAACACAGUUCUCAGUCGCUUAGACAGUUACAGCUUGCGACUCCAGCUCAACAAGUGCAAGUUCAUGCAGCGGUCAGUAACCUACAUGGGCUGCGUCAUUUCUGCUGAAGGAAUUUCUCCAACGGAGGAUAAGGUUGAAGCCAUAAAGAAAGCACCACGCCCUGAAAACUGCACCCAAUUAAGAGCCUUCCUGGGAAUGAUAAACUACCACAGGAAGUUCAUCCGCAAUCUGAGCUCAAUUCAGCAAUCAGCCCCUUCAGAAAGAUCAGUAGUUCCUGUGGUCCCCCCAGUGCAAGGAGGCCCUCAACAAUGCAAAAGAAUCUCUCUCUUCCUCCCAUGUGCUGGUGCAUUACAAUCCUAG